AUGUUGCCCCAUCAGAGUGACACAGGCGUACAGUCUGCUGAAGUCUCAGUAAUAACUUGCACCGGUGAUAUAAGCGAAGUAAGCAACCUAACAACCGAGAAUAAUGAUUAUGGAGCCGAGAUUCCUGUCGCCAAAAUAGAUAUAAUAUCACCUAUUGAUAAUUCGUCGCUUGUGGAGCUUGAGAAUUUUAUUGACGAUUCAUUUUGUAAUAUUAUGAACUCCCGACACAGUGAAGUAACGAAGGGUACUGUGGAACAAGUAUUUGUAAAUUCUACCCCCUUUAAACAAUGCAAGAGCGACAGCGCCACUAUAAAAAAUGCAUUAUUUGACAAUUUUAAAGAGAAGGUUGAAUGUGAAAUAUCAAAUUUAUUGGCUAAACUCACCAAGCAAGACGAAACUAUCAACAUAAAUAAGCAAGAUAUAUGCAAAUUGCGUGAAGAAAAUUUGCAUCUCAAAUCACGUAUCUCCAAAUUAGAAGGAAUGAUGGCCUCGGCCUUCAUAGAAAAACUCCCUGGUGCUAUUGAAAUAUCUUGUGUCACACCUACAACGCAGUACGUCCCCAUAAGCACUAAGGAAAAGGCCAACGAAGACCGACUACCGGAAAGUAAUGUGCCUAAUAUGCAGUCCAAUCCAGAAUUUAGUGUACCUACUUAUGAAAAUUUGACCUUGCAAUCGCGAACCCAGCAGUCAAAUAAGAAUUGUUACGACCGCCCCCCAAAGAAUUCCACUCCUUGUCCAUUUCUUCUGCGUCGAGGUUGGUGUCGAAAGGGAAACCGAUGCGACUUUCAGCAUCUUAAACCAUCUCGCAAUACACAUAAACAUAAUGUCCCCUGUCCGUUUUUGCAGAACAGAGGCUUCUGUCUAAAAGACGAUCGAUGUGAUUUCUCCCACGCUUGGGUACCAACCAGAAGGUCGGUAUUAAAAACCACUACUAGUAGCCAUUUGCCACCUGCCUCUUUUUUAUCCCGAGCGCAAGUGCCAUUGCCACCAAACGUCCACAAAGCCCAACCUCAGCAGCUCCAAACGUACAGCCUACACCCAUGGCGACCCCCAUCUUAUCCAAGGCCGUUAAUGGAAAUCCCACUACCCGCGUCCAGUUUUCCCCGAUUAUCCUCCCAGAUCCACCAAAACAGAUUUUACUAAAUCCUUCUAAACAGAGCUCCACUCCAUGUUUACCUGACAAUUGUUCGUGUGACAAUGAGACAGUAAGCACAAUUCCUGUUAUAAUCUCGAAACGAAUUAAUAAGAAAUAUAAUGUGCGAUAUCGACAUGACUCCAUCCGGCCAAAUAAUUUAAUUAAAAUUCCUAUUAAACACUUGCCGGGUUCCCAACAUACGUUCGUUCCCUCCCUAAUGCUAUCUAAUGUUAUGUCAUUGGUGCCCAAAAUAGAUGAAUUACGCGACGUUAUCCUCAAUAGUGAUGUAGAAAUAGCUUGUAUUACCGAAACGUGGCUCAGAGAUCAUAUCGAUGAUAACGUUGUUAAUGUGUCAGGAUUUAGGUUGGUUCGCCUUGACAGAAUUAACAGUCAACACGGGGGAGUCUGUAUGUACGUUAGGAAUAAUAUUCAAUACAACAUUGUACAAGACCUUUUAGACAGCAAUUUUGAAAUCGUCUGGGUUCAUAUUCGCCCUACUCGUCUUCCAAGGGGAAUUCCAUGCAUAAUUAUUGGAACGUUAUACCAUCCUCCAAGUGCUAACAAUCAAGAGAUAUUAGAUCAUUUAUUAAAAUGUCUAUCAACAAUCGAAUCUCGUUUUCCCAAUAAUGGUGUCAUCCUGCUUGGAGACUUUAACAACUUAAACGUCUCUAGAAUCAAACGUAACUUUAGGCUUAAGCAAAUUGUGAACUUUCCCACACGUGGCCGGAACACCUUGGACCUCAUCCUAACUAAUUUGAAAGACUAUUAUGCUUCCCCCACUAACCUCUCUCCCCUCGGUCUUUCCGAUCACGUAACGGUUAAAGUUUUACCGCUCUCCCGAACAACAACAUCCAAGUCCAAGUCCAAAACAAGCAUCAAAACAAGGGACAUUAGACCAACGAAACGUUUAGCAAUGAGAACAUAUUUGGAAGCUGUUGACAUUCAAACCUUGAUAGAUAAUAAGAUCUCUUGUGAGGAAAAAACUACGAUGUUGGAAAAAAUCGUUAGCACAGGUAUGAAUUCCCUUCUUCCAAUGAAGAGGAAAACGAUCAUAGCUAACGAGCCCCCAUGGCUCAAUGAAAACCUUAAAAAGUUGAUACGUGCGCGCCAGGAAGCCUUGUCCUUUGGUGACAUGGUUACCUUCCGAUUACUUAGGAAUCAAGUUAAUCGAGAGAGGAAGUCAAGCCGUUCAAAAUAUUACGAUUCAAGAGUUAAACAAUUGAAAGAAUGUGAUCCUUCCGGUUGGUGGAAGGAAAUUAAGAAACUUAGUGGGAUGUCUGCAGUGUCAAGUGACAGUAUAACUUCAAUUCUACAACAUGUUGUUUGUGACCCAGUCGAACCGACUCCACUUAAUAUUGCCAAUGUUAUUAACAACGCAUUCCUUGCCUCAAUGAGUGACUUUUCUCCAUUAUCUCCCAACGUCCGUCUUGCCACCGAUAAAGAACCCCCAUUUACCGUCACAGAGCAAUCAGUUUUUCAGAAACUGUUACCACUAAAUCCGACCAAAGCAACUGGGCCAGAUGGUAUUCCCUGCUGGCUUUUAAAAGAGAACGCCGAUAUUUUUGCACGACCAGUAAUGUCGAUUAUUAACUGUUCAUUCUUGGAGUCUCGCUUACCUCCUUCAUGGAAGGAAGCCGAUAUAGUACCAAUACCCAAGCAAAAACCUGUCAAUGACGUAAAUAAAGAUCUAAGACCAAUCUCUGACUCCAGUACUCUCUAAGGUCGCUGAGGAAUACGUAGUUGAAUGUUUUGUAAAACCAGCUGUAUUGAAAAAAGUUGACCCACAACAGUUCGGUACAUUACCUGGCUUGAAUACCACCUAUGCACUUAUUAGCAUGCUACAUAAAUGGAACUGUGACACCGAUGGUAAUAGUGCAACAGUGAGGAUCGUAUUGUUCGACUUCAAGAAGGCCUUCGAUCUGAUCGAUCAUGAUAUUUUAAUUCAGAAACUAGUGUCGUACGAAAUUCCAAAUAAUGUUGUCAAUUGGAUAAUAGAUUUCUUGUUGAACCGCAAACAAAGAGUUAAACUCUGCCAAGAUUGUGUUUCGGAGUGGGGCUCGGUCCCCGCGGGUGUACCGCAAGGAACAAAAUUGGGCCCAUGGCUGUUUUUAGUCAUGAUUAACGAUUUAAAUGUCUCUAAUGGUGUGAUGUGGAAAUAUGUGGACGACUCAAACAUCUCCGAAACUGUUAAAAAAGACGAAGUAAGUCAUAUCCAAUCAACCGUAGAUGAGUUCGUACGCAAGUCCAAAACCGAAAAGUUCGUGCUGAAUGAGCGCAAAUGUAAAGAAAUGAGAAUUAGUUUUACGAAAUCGGAAAAAGUCUUUCCACCCGUUACGAUAAAUAACGCCCCCUUGAAAUUGUCCCACAUGCCAAAAUUCUGGGCCUGAAUGUAUCCGACAACUUAAAAUGGAAUUAUCAUGUUAGCGAACUCGUUAAAAAAUCUUCAAAAAGAUUGUACUUCCUAACUCAGUUAAAGCGCGCCAAAGUGGGUUGUUUGGAAUUGGUACAAUUUUUUAAUCCUGCAUCAGAUCUUUAAUUGAAUAUGCUUGCCCAGUGUAUCACGAUGGUCUCCCAACGUAUCUUUCGAGUGAUCUCGAAACUAUUCAAAGACGAGCAAUGCGAAUCAUCUACCCCACAGAAUCUUACGAAGAUGCCCUACUAUUAUCAGGUCUAACUUCCCUAUUCCUACGGCGCCAACAGAUUACUAACAAAGUCUUCCUAAAUAUUAUGAACGAUGAUGUACACAAAUUAUACACGAACUACUGCCUGCUAAAAACAAUAUCUCGCUUAAUUUACGGAAAAAGUCGAAAUUCAAUAACCCAAGAGUAA